AGCGGAGGGGCAGACUACGAGAUCCCCGCAGGUGUAUUGGAGCAGCAGCCUCUGCAGCCAUCGCCAGGCCCACCGACAUGAAGUCCAUGCUGUCGCUUCUCAUCCUGAGCCUGGCUAUUGCCGGCGCUCUCGCUGGAUACGGCUACGGAAUUGGAUAUGGUCUUGGUUAUGGUCUUGGUUAUGGAGGAUACGGCAUCGGCUACGGUCUCGGCUACGGUGGCUACGGUGGCUAUGGCUUCGGAGGCUACGGCCUUGGAUACGGUGGAUACGGCGGAUACGGCAUCGGAGGAUAUGGUCUCGGCUAUGGAGGAUACGGUGGAUUUUACGGCUAGGAGGCACAUUUCUCAAAAUCGGACCAUUCAGCAAAAUAAAAAGUUUGAAGCGUUGAAUACAA